GAUUGAGGAAACCGGUCAUGUAAAAAAAUCGAAUUGGCGAAACGGUUGAAGAGCUUCAGACUUUACUUAAAUUCAGAUCUUAGAGAAUCGUCUCCUGUUAGUAGUGCUUUAGUUGUAUUCACUCAAAAAUGACCUUGGUGCAAAAAAUGUACUUAACAUUCUUUGUCGUCUGCCUCUUUAAAUGUAGUUUAAGCGCGCACAGUAAGAAUCCAGUGCCAUUUUCAAAGUUAGCAACGUGCCAGGAGUUCUCUCAAGAAGCGGAUAAAUGUCUUCACUUUUUCCCAUUUGACAAAAUUAAAAAUUACAAAUCAAAAGAAAACAAGAUCCACCUGAAGUUCUACGUGAUGGCCACGAAGGACGCGAACAUUGUGCUCACCAACGGUUACGGUGAAGGAACUAUUCGAUACACUGCCGUUGUUGGAGGUUAUGCGAACACAUAUUCUUGGUUAAGAAACACAAGUGAUACUACUGUAGGCUUAGACAGCCAUUUACCUAAUAUCCUGUCACCACUUUGGCCCACCCCAAUUACAGUUGAACAGAAACAUAAUGGGCGGCUGGAUAUUUCCAUACCUGGAGUAGCAGAACCACUUCUGACGGCUGACGCGUCCGACUUAACGGAGGUUAAGUCAUUUUGCAUCUACGCAUGGACAAAUCCUUGUCGAUGGUUCUAUAACUGCACUGAGAUUGAAGAUGCGCUAUCAGAUGACUUUUAGAUAACAAUGUGUUGACUAGAUGGGCUGCAGAAAAAUUUAUAGAAAAUUUUUAUAAAGUCUAAACAUCAAUUUAUUACUUUCAAAAGUA